GCUCGGUUUCGUGAUCUCAGAAAGUUUCUGCGAAGCUUGCCGCAGACUUAAUUGUAAUAGGAAGGGAGUGUUUGCUGGGAAGUCUGCCCUAACUCAGUGGAUGGUAGAGUUUCGUUGUCUGAUCCAGACUGAUCCCUGGAGAUGCCUCCGGCUGAGUUUCAGUGUCGGAAACCGCCGUAUUGUUGCUAAUAGAGCAAUUUCCAUCGUGCGCACCUCCCUAUCGCGAAAAUUCUCGACUUUCCGCUCCCGCCAGUUUUCCGUCGACUCUCUCGCGACUCACAACUUUCGAUUCGCAACUCCCGACGUCCAACUCUCGACUUCGGUUCGAAAGUUUGUGGGAAGUGAGGCGGGAAAAGGAAAAUGGGUGGAAAAGUCGGAUGAGGCUAAUUGCGCGAAAAAUCGCGGUGUUGUACUUGGCUCUGGCGUGUUGAGUAAUGUUUUCAUAAUUAUCUCUGAAAAUAGAACACCAUGUUGAUUGUGGUGUUGGUUUGGGUGUCACUGAAUAUACCAGCAACUCUCCAAAGUGAAAAUUUGUCCAUCUGCAGUUCACAUCGAACGCUUCAUCCAGAAAAAUACUGUAUUUGUGACGUCAUCGGAGAACAACCUCCAAAAUGUAGGUGCACAGGUCCCAGAUUCGUUGAAGUUCCCGUCAAUCUCACAAAAAAACUGGACAUUCUAGUCAUAGAAGACGCAGAGUGUAUGGAAGUGCUGAAAAGUGAUUCUUUGGUACCAUAUGCAUCUACACUGAGAGAACUCACUCUCGUGAACUUGGAGAAGUUUUAUUACUUUGAGACUGGCGUCUUUCAUCACUUGAGUCAACUUCAGACGAUAUACAUUCAUCGAGCUCCAAAGCUACUUAAAAUUCAGCCAGAUGUGUUCAGAGCAUUCUUGCCAGGACUCAAAAUUUUGAGGAUAGUAAACACUGGUCUGGAAGAAAUGCCGAAUUUGAAUUGCCUGAACACUACAUCGGUUCUACAUAUGAUCGAUCUGGAACAUAACAGGAUACAAGAAAUCAGAUCCAGACAAGUCAGUAAUGUUAAAGCUGAACAAAUGUUAUUGAAUUUCAAUAACAUACAAGUGGUGGAAGAAGCAGCUUUUGCAGGAUCACAGAUCGCAAAUUUAAGCCUGAAGGGUAAUUUCGAUCUACAAAAGUUACAUAAGAAGGCAUUCCUAGGAUUACAAAGCCUACGCUACAUAGAUCUUUCAGGUACUGCCAUAACUUUCCUUCCGGUAGAAGGCUUGAGGGAUAUUGACACUCUCAAACUACAGAAUACAAAGUCGUUGAAAAUGUUUCCCUCUGUAUUCAACUUUCAGUUAUUGAAAGAAGCAUGGUUGACAUAUCCCUACCACUGCUGUGCUUUCAAAUACCCAAGGACACACAACCCUGGGGAAUUUGAAAAACAUGCGAGGUUUGUACAAGAACUGCAAGCAGCUUGCAACAAUAGAAAUAGUUCGGUCCACAAAGGAGGAAUGAUAAUGAAGGCGUCGACGGAAUGGAUGUACCCCAACAAUGAAUCCAACAUGAGUGUGAACACCGAAGAACAGACAGAAGAAUUUUGGGGCGAUGUUAGCGAGAUCAAGUGCCAUCCAUCUCCAGACGCCUUCAACCCUUGCGAAGACCUCAUGGGCAACUGGGCCCUGCGCAUCCCUGUCUGGUUCAUUUCGCUGUCAGCCGUCAUCGGAAACCUAUUCGUCGUCAUUGUCAUCUCCACCUCGCACUUCCGGUUGACUGUCUCCAAAUUUUUGAUGUGCAAUCUGGCCAUCGCCGAUUUGGUUGCCGGCUUCCUCACGAUAUUCGGCAACAUCCUCUCCGUUUACACCCUAGCUGUCAUAACGACAGAACGCUGGUACACGAUCACGUGGGCCAUCCAUCUCAACAAGCGGCUCAAACUGCGCAACGCCGUCAGAGUGAUGCUGGCCGGCUGGACCUGCGCCCUAUUGAUGGCGGUGUUGCCGCUCGUCGGAGUGAGCAACUACUCGAAGACCAGCAUUUGCUUGCCGCUGGAGAACAAGGGGAAAGCUGACGCCAUCUACCUGUCGACGCUGUUGGCUUUCAAUGCCAUCGCGUUCGCGCUGAUAUGCGUGUGCUAUGGUAGCAUGUACAAGUCGAUAAGAGAGGGUGGCCGCACCGGCUCCACCACCUCGGUGCGCAGCGACCUCACCGUGGCCAAGCGAAUGGCCCUCCUGGUCUUCACCGACUUCGCCUGCUGGGCGCCCAUCGCCUUCUUCGGCCUCACCGCCCUUCUGGGCCACCCCCUCAUCACCGUCACCCACACCAAGAUCCUGCUCGUCUUCUUCUACCCCCUCAACUCGUGCGCCAACCCCUGCCUCUACGCCCUACUGACGCAGCAGUACCGCAGGGACUUCUUCAUCCUGAUGGGCCGCUACGGGCUGUGCAAGGACAGGGCGGAGCGCCACAAGGGCGCUAUAGGUGGCAAGCCGCUGCCCUACGGCACGGGCCCGCAGUACAAGCGGACGUGCAUGGAGGGCGUGGUCAAAGUGGGCGGAGCGAUCAACCACCGAGGGUCGACGAUGACCAGUAUGACGACGGUGGUAUCGGUGGAGUGUCCCAUGAUGAGGAGCAGCUCGAGGAACAGUUCGAAGUACAGGCCGGAGUCGAUAUUGGCCCUGUCGGAGUUUUCAGUGAGGAAUUUGAACCAUUUUCACGAGUGCCAAAAGUUGCAGAGCACGGACAAUUUGUGAAUUCGUCGUUUGUGGUGAUGAGAAUGCGUGGUUUAGAUGAGCUCGGUCAGUUAGUCACGCCCACUUGCACUACGUGAUAUGUGACGUUUUAGAGUGAGGAUAUUUUCAAAUGCAAAAAUAUCUUAGCAGGACUAUACAGUUAUUAUGUACCUGACAUUCAGAUAUGUGUAUUACCAUUUAUUUAUUGUAAAUCUUGCAGAAAAAAGAUGGGAGGAAUGGGAGAAAACCAAAUAUAACUUGAGUUAUGACAUGAAAUAUUGGUGUUCAUACUUCCUGACCUCUCACGCUUCGAAAAGUAUAUGUAUAAACGUUUAUAGCGAUAAGAGCAGGGCAUCACACACAGUUUUGGUAGAUUUAUAGUUCAUGGAGACACUCCCCUCCAAAACUUCGUUCGUAGCCACGCCUUUAGCAACACGCCCACUUGUGAAAAAAAUGCUUGCACCAUUGAGAUUGAUACGCAGGUACUUGACAAUCAGUAAUGUUCAUGAUUUUAGUAAGUUUUGUGGCAAGAUAUGAAGGCGUGGUCAAAGUGGGCGGAAAGAAAGCAUAAACAUUUUUGGUAGGUUAAGAGAUCCUGAAGACACUCCUCUCCACACGUUUGUUUAUAUCCAUUCCUUUCAAUACGCCCACUUGUAAAAAUAAUCUCAAUUGAAAAGAAAUGCCUUGAGCAGGAC